UUGGAGCGACGUGUUAGACAGCGUCUCCACCACCAUCAUCAAAACACCUCAUGAGGGAACAUCUGGCCUGGAAUAACAUCUGGUUCCAACUUCCAUUCAUCUGUCAGCUGUCAGUAGCUGUUAAGGUUGCUCCCUGGGGUAUAAUACAAGGCGCGGUUUCAGUCGCGCAAAGAAUGACGGGAAGUUGGCAGGUUCAGGUGUGCUCCUGCUGCGACCAGUGUACGUUCGUUAGUUCUCUCUGGGCUGUGAUCAGGUCGCCACACCUGCCGGUCCCUUUCAGAGCCGAGCUCCCGUUGGAUCCGCCGCUGAUUUACCUGUUUCAGCCCGUUACGGAGCGACACCCAGAGUUAGAAACUACCUUUUAACUCACUUUUCAACCCGUGUUUCUCGACACAUUUCGGCUUAUACCUGCAGAUAGAAACACCUGUCGUCGCCAUGUCAGCGGGGCAGUAAUGGCAGCAGGUCCCCCGUCAGGAAACCGGAGAUAAACGGCGGUGGAGACGGAGUAAGACGGAGAACAGGGGCCAUCAGCGGGACUUAAUGCAUCAUGGAUUCACUGGACUCAGGACAGAAGUUCACUCCGAGACAGGACAACGACUGGGACCCGACCCUUGAGUUCCUGCCAGCCUCAGACUCCAAAAAGCUGGAGAAGAAACCGGGCCAGAGGAGGACGCUGUGGGUCGGAGUGGGCCUGCUGCUGACCGGGCUGCUGGUCUGGAACUUCCACUUACGCAGUGAUGUCAGAAUGACGAGGGUUUACAUCGGCUCCAUGGGGAUCAAUAACCAGCCCUUCUUGCCCGAAUACGAAGAUCCCAGCAGUCCUCAAUUUACCCAUCUGGCCGCUCUGGUCAGCCAGCAGCUGAAACUGAUUUACAACAAAAAUGCAGUGCUGGCCAGGUACUUCACGGGCUCCACGGUGCAGGCCUUCAGUGAGGGAGAGGACGGCGGUGAUGGCAUGGUGGCGUAUUACCAGUCAGAGUUCGACCUUCCCGUCCCCCAGCAGAAGUUUCUGGACGAAGCCAUCGAGUCUUUGGAUUCGCCGGCAGAAAGUCAGCAGGGCCGACAGGGCCGAGUGCUGCUGAGGCCCACUGAUGCUCUGAAUGUCAACGGCGUCAUCUCCCGAGCGAUAGAUCCACGCAUGACCAGGACGUCGUUACUGAAUCAGACCUUCAACAUCCGCGUCAGUGAAGCAGGAACAGUCCAGUCUCCAGGGUUUCCCGACUUCCCUUAUCCUCCUAACUUCUACCUGCAGUGGAGGCUGCGGGCCGACCCCGGACACAGAGUCCUGCUCAACUUCCACACUCUGAUCCUGGAGGACAACUGUCAGCAGGACUUCAUCAAAAUCUACGACUCUCUGGCUCCGAUAGAGCAGCGUGCGCUGACCGAACAAUGCGGGUAUCCUCGUGGCUCGCUGUCUUUUCGGUCCUCUGGAAACGUCAUGUUGCUGACUCUGGUCACCAGUGAGCUGAAGAACUUCCCCGGGUUCAGAGCCAACUACUCCCAGAUCCCUUUGACAGAGCAAAGAUGUGGAGGGAAACUCAGUGCAAACAGAGGCUCCUUUUCUUCACCGUUCUUCCCCUCCAACUACCCCCCAAAGACCAUAUGUGUCUGGAACAUUGAGGUGGCAGAGGACAAGUUUGUGAAGGUUCAGUUCAAGAAGUUUUUCCUGGGACAUCAGAGUAAACCGUGUCUCGGGGACUAUGUUCAGGUCGACGAUCAAAGACUGUGUGGCAGUAAGUUGGACAGCACUGUGCUCACCGCCCAGAGCAACAUGAUGACUAUCAGGUUUGUUUCGGACUCGUCCUACGUCGACCAGGGUUUCACCGCCAACUACGAAGCCUUUGUCCCAACCAAUCCUUGUCCAGGACGGUUCCAGUGCGCCAACAACCUGUGUGUCGACAGGACUCUGCAGUGUGAUGGCUGGGAAGACUGUGGAGACGGCAGCGACGAGGUCAACUGCAAGUGCGAGACGUUUCAGAUGCAGUGUGGAAACGGCCACUGUAAACCAAAGUUCUGGUUGUGUGAUGGGGUUGACGACUGCAGAGACAACACUGAUGAAGAAAACUGUGUAAAAUGCAAACCGGGACAGUUUACCUGCAGAGAUGGCCGCUGUAUCCCAGACCAGCUGAAGUGUGAUGGAAGAAGUGACUGCUCUGAUGGGUCCGAUGAGUCUAAAUGUGAACGAUCUCUGGUGCUGCCACGGUGUUCGGAGUUCACCUUCCGCUGCAGGGACGGACGCUGCAUCAGUAAACUGAACCCUGAGUGUGACUAUGAGCCAGCACCAGGAGCUGUUUGUUGCGGGAUGAAGCCGUACCAGAGCUCUCGUAUCGUGGGUGGUGAGGUGUCACGGGAGGGCGAGUGGCCCUGGCAGGUCAGCCUCCACGUCAGAGGCAUGGGUCAUGUGUGUGGAGCGUCGGUGCUGAGCCCCCGCUGGCUGCUGACCGCGGCUCACUGCGUCCAGGACAGCCAAGUAUACAGGUACUCGCAGGCGGACCAAUGGGAGGCCUUUCUGGGCCUGCAAUCGCAAAGUAAGAUCGACAAGUCGACAGUGAGGAGGAAGAUAAAGCGGAUCAUCACUCACGAGAACUACGACCAUCUCACCUAUGACAACGACGUCGCCCUGAUGGAGAUGGACACUGAAGUCCCCCUCAACCAGUACAUCUUUCCCAUCUGCCUGCCCUCCCCCAGCUACGACUUCCCAGCAGGCCAAGAGGCAUGGAUCACCGGCUGGGGAGCCACCAGAGAGGACGGCAUUGCUGCGACCGACCUGCAGAAGGCAGCGGUUCGGAUCAUCAACAGCACGGUGUGCAAGAGCCUGCUGGGUGACGAUGUCUCAGACAGGAUGCUGUGUGCCGGAGUCCUCCAGGGAGGUGUGGACGCCUGUCAGGGCGACUCCGGCGGGCCCCUGUCCGUCACCAGUCCCAAUGGGCGGGUCUUCCUGGCUGGCGUGGUGAGCUGGGGUGAUGGCUGUGGUCGCAGGAACAAACCUGGCGUCUACGUGCGAAUCACCAAAUACCGCAGCUGGAUAAAGGAGCAGAGCGGAGUGUAGCUGCAGACCAGUGGACUGUAAAGUGUAAAGACAAUUUAAAAUGGUUACGAGCAGCAGCCAGGUGGGAAUAAUGAUGUAUUUAGAUAACAGAUCUAAAAGAUGCUGUCGCCUCAGGUGCAGCCAGGACGAGAAACGGUUUUCUGAAAAUUGGGUAAACACAGAGAAUCUUGGUAUAAAUGUAAACUAGAGAACCCAGUGUUUGGUCCUGUCGGGAGGCAGGUGUGUUCAGGUGGGCUUUAUGAAUUACUUUGAGGAGUAAAUGUCUUUAUUUUGUAAUGAAGCGCUUCAUGUUGCACUUGAAGCUCAACUGUCUUGUGAGUAAUGAUAAAAUAUUCUCAGGGUGAGAAAGGAACCGUCUGAUUUUACACCUGGUCAAACUAAAUGUCUUUAUUACAGUCAUGUCUUUGUUUGAACAGGGUCCAUGUGUGUUUUGGUCUGAGCUGAUAUCACAGACCCAGUUUGUCCAUAGUCGCCCUUUCAGCAGUGGAGCUGAUUAAAGACGACACCAACUCUGUCACACACUCUGAAAAGAAAAGGUUGAGUUCAGGGCCUCAUUCUCCAAACAGGGUUCAACUCUGAUUUGAAGUCGAUUCAUUCCAAGUUACACAUGUAACCAAUUCAGACGUAUCUGAAUUGAUUGAAACUGUUUACGCUUACACUUUCAUAAUGUUAUACAUAUAUUU